AUGUAUUUUGUGUCAUCUUCUGACCCAGAAAUCCAAACCCUAUUGAAAUUCAAGUCCUUUUUGUCCAAUGACACGGCUCUAGACAACUGGAACAACUCCACCAACCCCUGCAAUGGCACCACAAACAUUUGGGCAGGCUUGUACUGUGAAAAAAAUGGCAAUGUGUACGGGUUGAAGUUGCAGAACAUGGGUCUCAUGGGCAUAAUUGAUAUCGACACCCUUUCGGGUUUGUCUGCCCUUCGAAGCAUAAGCGUCAUGAACAACAACUUUGUAGGUCCUCUGCCUAGUUUGAACAAGCUUGGUGAACUCAUAGGAGUUUACUUGUCCAACAAUCAAUUCACUGGUGAAAUGCAAGAUAAUGCCUUUGAGGGCAUGAGUUCUUUGAAGAAAAUUUAUUUGAAUGGCAAUGAAUUCUCUGGAAAAAUACCAAAGUCCCUGGCUGCAUUGAGCAAGCUUUCGGAAUUGGAUCUCCGGGGGAACCAGUUCAAUGGGAAGAUACCAAAUUUUGCACAAAAUCCAAAUGGAUGGAAGUAUUUCAAUAUAUCAAACAACAGGUUUGAGGGUCGAAUACCUGCAAGCCUGAGCAAUUUAGAAGCAAGCUCUUUCUCUGCCAUCAUUGUUGUCUCAAUUGCUGCAAUACUGUGCACCAUUGCAGCAAUUCUCUUCAUACGACGUCGUAGCGCCCAAUCAAAGCAAGAAGCAAGAGCCCAGAGGAAGUUAAAAGCCCAACACCGCACAGCUGCAAUAGAGGUCCAGUUAACAGCUGAUGAAGACAACCACAAGAAGGCUGAGAAAGGAGGGGAGUUGUAUUUUGUGAGGAAGGACAGAGGGUUUGAGCUGGAAGAUUUGCUGAGGGCCCCAGCUGAGGUCUUGGGCAGUGGGAGUUUUGGGUCAUCUUACAAGGCAGGGCUCUUGAGUGGGUCCAUGGUUGUGAAGAGGUUUAGGCAAAUAAACCAAGUUGGGAAAGAGGACUUCUAUGAUCACAUGAGAAGGCUAGGGAGGCUUUCACACCCUAAUUUGCUCCCACUUGUUGCUUUCUAUUAUAGGAAAGAAGAGAAGCUCUUGGUUCAUGAUUUUGUUGCCAAUGGAAGCUUGGCUAGUCAUCUCCAUGUGAAGCGAGAACCCGGGCAGCCGGGAUUGGAUUGGCCAACUAGGUUGAUGAUCAUCAAAGGAGUAUCAAGGGGCUUAGGCUACCUAUACAAAGAGUUCCCAGGCCUAACAGUACCCCAUGGCCACCUCAAGUCCUCCAAUGUCCUCCUAGACCACAACUUCAACCCCCUCAUAGCAGAAUAUGCCCUAAUACCAGUGAUCAACAGAGACCAUGCCCAAAAGUUCAUGGUGGCCUACAAGUCCCCAGAGUUCUCCCACAUGGAACAAACCUCGAAAAAGACCGAUGUGUGGAGCCUGGGUAUACUCAUCUUUGAAAUGCUGACAGGAAAAUUCCCAGCAAACUAUUUGCAGCAGGGCAAGAGGGCAAAUGCAGACCUAGCAGCUUGGGUGAACUCAGUGGUGAGAGAAGAGUGGACAGGAGAAGUGUUUGAUAAGAACAUGAAAGGGACCAAGAAUGGGGAGGGGGAGAUGCUGAAGCUUUUGAAGAUUGGGAUGUGUUGCUGUGAGAGCAGUGUGGAGGGAAGAUGGGAUUGGAGAGAAGUUGUAGACAAGAUUGAAGAGUUGAAGGAGAGGGACAGUGAGGAAGAAUAUUCUUCUUAUGCUAGUGAUGGGGAUAUGGGCUCUUCUAGGGCAAUGACUGAUGAUGAUUUCUCUUUCUCAGUUAAUGCUUGA